UGCAGGCACCACUGAGCACAAUACAGAAAGAGAGAGAGAGAGAAACGAUAGGCGGCAGCAGUAUAACAAACAGCAUCCCUCCAGCACAGAUACAGAGAUAGAGAGAGAUCAUCAAGACAGAGAGAGAGAUUAUCAAGACAGACAGAGAGAGAGAUUAUCAAGACAGACAGAGAGAGAGAUCAUCAAGACAGAGAGAGAGAUCAUCAAGACAGACAGAGAGAGAGAUCAUCAAGACAGACACAGAGAUCAAGACAGACAGAGAGAGAUCAUCAAGACAGAGAGACAGUUCAUCAUUACAGAGAGAGAUCAAAAGACAGAGAGGGAGAUUUUCAAGACAGAGAGAGAUCAUCAAGACAGAGAGAAAGACAGAGAUUAUCAAUACAGACAGGGGGAUCUUCAAGACAGAGAUAAAUCUCUUCAAGACAGAGAGGGAGAACUUCAAGACAGAGAGGGAGAACUUCAAGACAGAGAGGGAGAUCUUCAAGACAGAGAUAAAGCUCUUCAAGACAGAGAGCGAGAUCAUCAAGACAGAGCGGGAGAAGGGAUUAUAUUUUAAUAGCUUUUACUCAGAGUGCUGGCCAGGGCUUGCACAUAGAGAGGAGAGAGUGACACAGACGGAGAUAGAGAGUGGAGUGAAGAUUUUAAUCCUCUUGGCAUGCGAGUGUGUCCCUGGCUGCUUGGAAUGUGUUGCAGCUAACCCGGGGGCCAGGACGGAAGGAACAACUCUCACCAUGCUGGGGAAGGAUUACAUGCUCGCCAUCAUCAUAGUCAAUUAUGACGACAAUAUUUGGAACGACCCAAGCCUUGAUUUAGACUCUGACCUACCGUCAGGGUGGCGCACCAUCCGGGACAGCACUGGCACCUAUUACUGGCACGUGGCCACUGGCGCCACCCAAUGGCAGCACCCGUCCUACAGCACUGAGGAGGACCAGAACUCCAUCAAUGGCAUCACUGCCAUGGACAUCAAGAGCCUGGAGGCUGGGGGCAGACGUGAGUCAAGGGCAAGGCUGACAGAGAGCCCAUUGGCCUCCAUAAAUGACAGGGUCUCCUGGCAGGACGAUUAUUUCUGCACCAACAUUGAUCCUGACUCCAAGUGUUUUGCAGUGCGCUCCCUGGGCUGGGUGGAGAUUCCAGAGGAGGAGCUGAUCCCGGGGAAGAGCAGUCUGGCUGUCAAUAACUGCAUCCAGCAGCUGUCCAGCAGCAAGGCAGAGGGCCGCGAUGACACACUGGGCGCCUGGGGAGAGGGCCAGGACAUGAUGAUGGUUCUGAAGAAGGAUACCCUCAGCCUGAUGGACCCAGUGGACCGCAGCCUUCUCCACUGCCAGCCUAUCACUGACAUCCGCGUGUGGGGCGUGGGCUGCAACAAUGGCAGAGACUUUGCCUUCGUGGCCAGUGACAAAGACACCUGUAUGCUGAAGUGCCACGUGUUUCGCUGUAAAGCCCCAGCAAAAACCAUUGCCACGGCUUUGCACAAAAUGUGCUCAAAGAUCAUGGCAGAGAAGACCACAAGAAGCCCAUCUAUGGCCCGCUCCCUCACCAUGGCGACCAUCUCCCCUGAGGACCUGCCACGCCAAGUGGACUUCGUGGAUGCAAUGAGGCAGAGGGUGCAGAAGUUUGAGGUGCAGUACAUCGGAAACCUGCCCGUCUCCAGGGCGAUGGGUAUGGAGGUGCUGAACCGGGCCAUAGAGAGCAUCAUGAACACCUCAGACAGUGACGAUUGGGAGCCCAUCGUCAUCCACAUCUCUGACAGUGUCCUGUCACUCUGGAAAGGAGAGGAUGGAGAUGAUCCAUUUUGGGAAUGUCAAGUGCGUUUGUUGACUUUUCUGGGUGUGGGGCAUGACACACACACCUUUGCAGUGAUAGUGGAUGGCGGGACACAGCGGUUUGAGUGUCAUGUUUUCUGGUGUGAGCCAGACGCAGGGAUCAUCUCUGAGGCUGUGCAGGCUGCGUGCAUGGUCCAGUACCAGAAGUGCUUGGUAGCCCAGACUCCACCACCCAGGUCCAAAAUGUGGCGGGCGGGUUCCAAGGUGAAGCGGGCCAACUCCAUGGACGGCUUCAGUUUUCCAGCUCCCCGUCACCAAGGACUGUCCCCGCCCAAGGCUGGCUCCUCCACCACCAAAAAGGGCAUGCUGGCGUUUUUUGAGACUUUCAGAAAUAAACAGUCAGCCGUUUCCACACCAUAGCAACCAGAGAG